GAAGUCCCUCGUGCGUGGGGUAGUGCCAAGCCAAGUUCUUCGUUCGUAAACAGGCUUAACACUCAGAGAAAACGUUAAAACGCAUAAGGAACCAUGCAAGAUGCAACUGACAAAAGUCUCUGCACUUCACAUCUAACUACUCACCCCUAUUCACCCAUUAGAAAGCAUCAAAAACGGAAGUCUCGAUAGCUUGAAGAGGUUAGGAACAGUCCGAGGGGUCACUGCCAUGUUACAUCACUGUCUUUUUAAUUUUAACAGCUUGUACUGAUUGUGUUCUCCGCCACGAGCGUUUGGAAAUAUUAUUAAAGACGAGUUCUUCUUUAUUUAGUAAUUUAAUAAAACUAGCCGAGAUGCACUUCCCCCGCAAUCUCAGCUUGACUUCAUAAGACAUUUAUAAACAAACGCCCUCUAUAGAGUACGGGUAGUUAGUUGUCCAACCGAACCAAGCGCAGAGGAAAAUGGCGUCGGACGAAUUGCCUGUUUGUGUUUGCGGCUUGGAAACUGGAAAUGACCGGUUUAUGAUUGAAUGUGACAUUUGUAAAACGUGGUACCAUGGAGAUUGUGUUAAGAUUUGUGAAUACGAAGCACCGGAUAUCGGAAAAUAUCACUGUCCGCGCUGUGCACCCAUCUACGGGCCGUCCACCUACAGCACCCCAGCGAAUUACCAUAGACAUGACUGCAAUGAUGCAAACGCGGAAACAAAACCCGUGCAGACGGGUACACCAGUAUUUAUAACAGAAUUGAAAACGCGACAUUUCCCCGCUGCUGAUAGUGUGGUUCAACGUCUGCGUGGGUCACAGGUAACCCUACAACACCUGCACCAGAACGGCUUUGAUUACCCAAUAGUGAUUGAAGACAGAGAUGGUUUGGAAAUGAAAAUUCCACCUGAUGACUUUUCCUUGCGAGACAUUGAAAAACUUCUUGGUAGUGACCGUGAAAUAGACGUAAUUGAUGUUGGCAGGCAGGCUGAUUUUCGAAUGAAGAUCCGUGACUUAGUGCAUUAUUAUAGACAGCCAGUUAGAAAGCGAAUACUCAAUGUAAUCAGUUUGGAAUUCUCUAAUACAAUCAUGUCAGACCUUGUAGAUGCACCUUAUACUGCACGCAAAAUGGAUUGGGUCAGUUAUGUAUGGCCAGAUGAUGACACGGACUGUGAGAAACCUAAAGUACAAAAGUAUUGUUUGAUUGGUGCAAAGGACAGUUACACUGAUUUUCAUAUUGACUUUGGUGGGACGUCUGUUUGGUAUCAUGUCUUAAAAGGAGAGAAGGUUUUUUAUCUCAUCAAGCCAACCCAAGCCAAUCUGUCAUUGUAUCAACGUUGGAUGACAUCAUCAACACAACAAGACAUGUUCUUUGGUGAUCAAGUGGAUGCCUGUUACCGAUUGGUCGUCCGACGAGGAAGCACUCUUUUGAUCCCCACAGGAUGGAUUCAUGCUGUCCUUACGCCUUCUGAUUCUCUAGUAUUUGGAGGAAAUUUCCUACACAGCUUCAAUAUUCCUCUGCAAAUUCAGAUUUACGAGAUGCAACGCAAGAUGACCCUGACGGACAAACCUCUUGUGUACGAGAUGGAAAGAAAACUGAAUACACCUGAAAAAUUCCUCUUCCCAGCAUUUGAAAGAAUCAACUGGUAUGCUGCAGAGAGGCUAGUCCAGGAGCUUCAUGAUUGCCGUAGCAGUAAUAGUCCAAAGUACAUGACAACAUUGUUGACCGGAGCCAAAGCCCUUGUAGGCGCUUUAAAACUAUGGAAUAUUCGUAGGACUUCUGAAGAAAUACCAGCUACUGUUAAUAGUCACAAGCUUCUCAAAGAUUUAUCAAAAGAAAUUCGAUAUACUGAACGCCAUUUCAACCAACUCUGGCCUCCAAAGCCAGAGAGAGAAUCAAAAAGACAGAAAAGAAAGCCACUUGAUAAAGAUUUUGUGGACUUUUCCACACUCAAAGAGGAGCAGGUAAAGCUUAGUCCAAAAAGAAAAGAACCAACUGUAAUUAGUAAUCCACCUCUCAAACUUCUCCUUCCUAAAGAAAAAAUGGAAUCAUCCUUGGCAGGAACUCUGGCAAGUGUUUCUGGCUCUUUGUUUAAGGCAGAAUCAACAGACAGUCAAGAUAGUAGUGAUUCUUCUUCAUCUCGUUUGAAACUUAAGUUGAGCCUUCCCAAACCUAAUCUUUAUCCUUACUCAACUGUGCCAUCACCUGGCAGUAGGAAUUCACCCAUAUCAUCCUCCCCAGCUCCUUUACGAGAGUCAGUACCUACACCAGUUCUAGUGACUUUAAAGAGUCCACAUCCCCCUAGCCAUCACGUCAUCAAAUCUAAUAAGCAGUCAAGUAAGCGCGGGGUAGAUAGCAAAAAAGAACUUGCCCGCAACCAGCAUCACGUCAUAGUUGAAAACCCCAAUACCCCCUCGGCCCAGCAUAGAGGUGGAACAAUUUUAAGAUUUAAGUUUGGACCGAAAGAGGCAUCAGUUGAGAAUAAGCAAAUGCUGAUAUCAGAUAAUGAUAUUUAUGAUUUUCAUGAUAGUGAUGAAGAUAAUCGUCUUUUAAUUGACGAAAAGGGUGGUAAUAAAAAGGUAAAAAAUAAUUUCAAUGUUACUGUUCCUGAUAUGGAUGCUGAGGUGUUUGGAGGAGAUAUGGAGGUUGCUGGAGAGGUGGAUGUUGUGUCUGAUGUUCCUAAAAAUGGUAUUGAAGAACUUUUGAAAGCAUCUUGUUACACACUUGAGUCUACUGAAGAUAUGGAAUCUGGACAGGCAUCACAAUCAACAAGAGAAGCUAUAGCUGGCAUGCUAUCCUUAGGAAGUUCUACUUUUUGUAACCAAGAGACGAUUUCUAGCCGCCCUCAACAGUCUAGACCCAAAGUUCUUGUGCCAGCUCGUAGCCAAAUUCAAAUGCUGGCAGAAGAACUUGGUGAACCGAUUGAUAAGGUUCAUCAGGAUGAAGAUUAUAUUUAUCCAUCCUUAGAUGCUUCUGAUGAUGAAGAUGGUGUUUUUAAGCCUCGUGGUAAACGACCAAUGGAUGAAGCAUGGAAUCCUAAAGCAAGAGUUGGCCCUGUUGGGCCUAAAGUAAAUCGUCCAGCGAGAGAAGGUGCUAAAAAGCAGUCUGUAGAAAAGGGUCUUGAAGCUGCUGCUGCUAAGCGAGCAGGGUUGCCACCACCCAAACGGCCAUACAAUAGGAAAGUUCAAAAGACCUCAGCAGAUGUAAGUCUUGUCAAAGGAGAGCCUCAGCCUCCUUUAACACCAUCAACAUCCACCUCAGCUAACCCGCCUCAACAGACUGGCCAAGUAGUUCAACCAGGUAAACCUUCAUCUUCUCCUAGUAAGUCAUCAAGUGAUUCUUCGCAAAAGAAAGCAAAGAUGAGGUCCCACAAAAAAGGUAUGGCUACAGCAAAGCAACGUUUAGGAAAAAUUCUAAAAAUACACAAAAUGAUUUAUUAAUUGCAAUUGCACAUCUAGUUCCUCCCUUGUUGAAGUAUGUGAUCUUUGGUUACAAAACCUUCAUUGGUUCUACCCUCUUUUUUUUUAUCUAUGUAUAUACAAAUAUGUAUAGUAUACUUGUUUUAAUUUGUGUUUAACUUAACGUAAUUACUUCAUUCUGGUUUACCAGUGACCAGAUUGAUUUUCAGAGUACAAAUUUUUAUUAUUAAUGUAAUAUAUAGAUAUUUAUAAAUCCCCUACCUACCAGAAAAUUUCUGUAUCUAUUCGUACUCAUUAUAUAUCAGGCUGCAUUCUUGUUUUACACUUCAUGAUGUUUGUAGAUGAAUAAACUGCACAAAGACAAUUUUAGUGUAUGUGCAAAGGCUGUCUUAUUAAGUAGUAUUUCUUGUUCGGUUGCGCAUUUUGCUAGGAUUCGGAGACCACUAAAUCAUUUUCAUUUUCACUCAUACCCAUAUUUCUUUCCCAUUUUUGUUUGUUAGUUCGCUUAUUCGUUCAUUCAUCAUCAGCAGCUUAUCCAUUCAAUGCAUAUACGUUGUUGACUUGCUAUCCAUAUUGCAUCGAUCUUAUGUCUCAAUCUCAUGAGUAUUUUCAGUGCUGGUUUGUACUGUACUUUUCACCACUAUAUCACAAUAUCACUUGAACUGUACAUAAAAAUUAUAUCUAUCUAUAUUUUUUUUUUUAAUAAAAUAGCUUGAUAAAUCUUCAGCAGAGGAUUAGACUGACCUCAGUCUCUAAUGUGAAGUGAGUCCUUAUGUACAAGGCUUUAGGAUGAUAAAUGAUUAACACAGUUUAUAGUGUUUGAAAGUCCUUAUUUAUUGUUACUAUGGACUCUAGUAAAAGGACUAAAAAUAGUGUAUGGUUGAUGUCAUCCAAAUCUAUUUUCACAUUGGUGGAUGGAACACUCUUAAGGAAUCCUUGCUUUUGUGUGACCAAUUGCUUUUAUUACUAUCUUUUCCUUUCUUGCUUCCAAGUUUAUGUCUUAGUACUUCUUUUCAUAAACAUUUCCAGCAAAGAGGCAACGGUUAUUCUAAUGAGGUUUUUUGUGCAGCCGAAUACUCUUGGUAUUUGCAACACAAUCAUUAUUGUUACUAUUGGUUCUCUAUUAGCUUGGAUUCCGUGUGAUUAUUUGCCUGUUUAUCAUAAUCCACUGUUUGUCUGUGAUCUUGACAUAGAUUAAUAAGUCACCUAAUAUUUUAUUGUAGCGGAUAGUUACUUGAACUUGCUGAACAUCAGAUGUGGUGGUGUUUGUUUUUUGUUUUCUUAUAAUCAUGGACAGAUAUUUGUUACUUAUUAUUUAUAUAAGAGUCUAGAAGGAUAGAUGUCUUUGUAUUGAUAUCUACAGUUUUAAGUAGAUUUUUCACCCCACGUCCUGUUUUUUUCUUUCUAAAUUCCUUUGUUAUUUUCCUUUUAGUGGCAUAAGCUUAUAAAUGUCUUUUCUUUUGACUUAAUACUAGUUGGCUUUGAGGUGUUGUUCAUUCAGUCUCCUAAUUUUGCUUGUAUGUGUGCUGCUGUGAGAGUAAAAAAAAACAAAAAGAAUAACCAGUUACACUAUGUGUAAUGUAUUUUCUCAUAUUUCUUAUUCUGAAGGUUGCUGGCAAUGUAAUCUUGGAAACAUAUUCAUGCUUGAAGAAGAAGGCUUGGUGGUAGUCGCUUUUAAUUUCAACCUGUGAAAUUAGAUAUUCCUGACCUACCCCUUGUUUGAUUUUCUUCUAGAAGUCUGAAAUUUCACUGCUGCAAGUGCACCAGAAUAUCACACUUAAAUGCAUUGUUUAUUCUAUUUUUAUUUUUCAAACUGAAAUGAAAAUUGUCUGUGAGGCACUGCUUGCAAACUUAUGGCCGUUUGUGUUUAUAUUUCUUGUUACUUCAUGCUCAUGCUGGAGUAAAUUUUAAUUUUGAAUCAUUUUUUUUUUUUAGUUUCAAUUAUUGUUGAUUUAUUUGCGUGCAAUGAGAAGCAUUGUGUCAGCACUUCAAUAGUUCUGUGUGUCAGGGCUGCGACACAACAGUAUUGCGGGUUUGCGUACCUAAGGAGCCAUAGCGCCUUAUAGGUAGAGUGAGUAGGCAACCUAGCAUACUGUUAUGUUGUGGCCCUGACACACAGUACAGAAAAACAAUGUAAACGACUGUAAAAUGAUUGUAUAACAUGGUUGUUAUGAAGUCCUGUACAAUGGAUUGUUUUGCUUGUGACUGCAUUUAACUCUUCAGCUGGAUUUAGUGUUGUAUAACUAAAGCCUAUGGUAUUGCCAUCAGAUGGUGUAUCCUAGGUAGUAAUUUCAGCUUCACCUGACUAAAUCUGCCUCUUUCUGUUAAUAUUCUGAAGAAUCACCCCACUUAUGAGGUUGACAGUGGUAAAAUAUUCCUAGCUGCUAAGGUCUCAAAAGAUGUUCUAAAUUUCUUAUGCAGUGGAAAAGUGGUUUUUCUGUUUUAUUAUUAGUUGAUUUAUUUUUAUAUGUGCAAUAUACUAUGCUUAUCAUUUCAAGUGGUAUUUGUAUCUGAUGAAUAUGACAAUUGAUGAGAGUAGAAUUGAUGGUAUAGUACAAGUAAAAUGUUGAGUGCCACUCCAUAUGUACCCAAAUAUUUCUUCACAUUAUUUCUCAUCAAUUUGUCAUGUGUUAAAGUUUGACUCGGUCCUUCUUUUUCCCACUUAUGGCUCCCUUCUGUGUAUAAUUAUUUGUAAUGCCUUAAUGAGUUUGUAGUUUGUAACUUUACUUUCAGAUAUAAGCAAUGAUUUGCGAAGAGAAAUUAUGCUUACAUUUGUUACUGUAGACACACAUGGAAUUUAUAAACUGAAUCACCUGUUACCAAUGAAAACUUGUUUUAAGGCUAUUGGAAAGUUAAAUAUAGGAUCUUGAAUCACACUUACUGUUUCUGUGGAAUUUUAUAGCUCCUGAAAUAUACCUGUUGACAAAAGUCAUGUUUGAUGGGAUAAAGAAAUAAAUUCUGAACUAUA